AUGGAUCUGUACGCUAAUUUGCCGCUUGCUAAGGGCGCUAAGGCGUCUUCGGCCCUUGACGCAGACGGUAAGCCCAAGACUUCUCUCACGUCUGCCAACUCCGUGUGGGCCAGUACGCCACUGAUGGUGCCACAAGCAGCUAAGAACAAGAAAACUUCACAACCAUCAGCAGUGGUUACCAGCAGCACGUUAAUGCUGCCCACUGCAUUGACAGCAGGAAGAGGCAAGAGCCCGUUGCGCUCGACUACUCCGCUGGCAUUUAAGCCGGCGACUUUGGCUAGGGAAGUGACGACGGUCAACACAGCGUGUUUGAACAGGCAGGAAGAGAAAACGGCGUCUUCUCGAUUUGGAGGCAGAGGGCUGGGAUACGUCGCAGCCACAGAAGUAAAGGUGACGUUAGCACAACAUCAGCAGAAGCAAGAGAAGGAGAUGGACGUGGAUCUCAUCCCAGAAGUAGGUCAAUUUUUUCAGGCCACGUAUCGGGACGAGUACCAUCCAGCACGACCAAAUAGCUACGAAGUUUUUUGCAAGGAUCGGGAAGACAGAAAAAAAAUGGAAAAAGUAAAAAAGGAACUUAGUCGUCGCCAAAAAGAGCAGGAAAGAGAGGGCAAGCUGGAGCGUGAGCAACUGGUGAAGGAUCUAGCAGAAGGUCGAGCACCAGCGAUAAAGCUGCCAGCGCCUGCUGGUCGUGGACGAGGCAUGACAAUGCCGGCGUGGAUGCGCAAGAAAAUAGAAGAAAAUGCUUCAGUUGUAGCAUCUCAACCAGAGAGUGAGCGAGAAGAUGAUUGGGAGUAUCAGUUGAAAACCUCAGAAAAGACUAUUUCUACGAUCGAGGGUCAGUUCGAAGACGCUUUGGAUAAUCGAGGCGGACUGGGCUGUUCGAACAGGGGCCUGGGGCUGUCAUCUUCUGAACUGUCAUCUACAGAAGUUUCUAAAGAAGAGUUGUCCAGUCCGAGUACUCGACUUCGUGGGAACAUGUCGAGUUCUGAUAAUUUUGGCAGAGAUAUGUCUGGACAUGAUCACCUUCAUAGACCUCUGCUGCAUAAAAAUGGAAAUGAGAUUCACCGUGAGUCUAGAAAAAAUUGUCAAGAUGGUUGCGAUAAAAGCCACAUUGUUCUUGAGACAAAUUUUGGCUCCUACGACAGUCAGCGACACAAUCGGUUCAUAAGCAACGAAAUCCAUUCUUCCAGUGAAAAACGUCGAAGAGUUAGCGGCUGGGAUAAAAGCUCACAAGGCCAGCCGUUGACUAGUCGAGUCGUGUUACUUCAGAACAUGGUAGGACCAGGUGAAGUGGAUGCUGAAUUGCAAGACGAGGUCAAAGAGGAAUGCUCGGAGACGUACGGUCCUGUUACAAAAUGUUUGAUUUACGAAGACACCGGAAAAGUUUCACCCGAAAAAGCAGUGCGAAUAUUCGUCCAAUUCCAUGAUGCAGACGAUGCGACUAAAGCUUUGACAGGCUUGAAUGGUCGAUUUUUUGGAGGCCGCAAAGUUAAAGCCUUGUAUUUUGAUGAGGGCAGAUUUGAGCGAAUGGACCUGAAUGUGCAAUAG